AUGUUCCGUAUUUACCCCACGGAAGGCACAGGAGUUGGCUAUGAGCGCUUGCACAGAAGGUAUAAGGGGACUCAGGGGGCUGGCGUCUGGAGAUUUUCUCCAGCUUUCAAUCGCCUCCGUUGUCCUGCAGUGAAUCAUGUCGACCUGCCAUUGUCCUUCCCUACACUCUCCGCCUGGGCAGCAUCGCACCUGUCUGCUCUUCUCCAGAGCAAAACCCAAGUCGAUUUCGACAGAGCCUUCGAAGCGACCUUCGCCAAGGACCUUGAUGCUGUCGUCAACGCGAAGCGUCUGACCCGCGACGAAUUCAAGAAGUCCCUACUUGCGCAGAGCGGUGCCGCAUUCGGAGAGGCGGAUGCGAGCGUGCAGAUUGAGGGACAGACAGAGGUGUUAGGCAACCAGGGACAAUUGUCUGGGCUUGUUGGCUUGUUCUAUUCUGUCCUCGCUGACUCGAAAUUCCUGGUUCUCGGUGCACCCACAGAGAACCGAACGAACUCUUCCAUAAACUUGAUCAUCGAACCGACGGAGAAAAACCCGCAGCCCCCAACUCUCCAUAUUCGUGGCUAUUUCGACCCACGCCGGGUCACAACAGUCAAUCAAGUCGUUUCUGAGAAUGCGCUGCACGUUAGGAUCCCGGCUUCGUCCAUACCCCAAGUCGAAGCUACGGCCUCUAGUGGCAAGGCCGAGCUUGGACCUGAGCUUGGUCUCCAAGGGUUAGGUGCGUUUGGUGGUGUGUUUGGACCUGGACCAGUGAGAUUCCAACCACCGGGCGCCGUUCACAUUCCCCAAACCGAGACGGGUGCGACACCUGAGACAUUACCCGGGGAUGGCGCCUUUGGACCCGGUCCUGUUAUUAUACCCGGAGAGACUGUCGGCGAUGCUGUCCACCGAAGUGGAUAA